AAGCGCAGGCUGGGCGCCUCAGGACGGGUGGGUGCCGCGUGCGCCUGAGGACCCGGUUGGACGGCUUGGGCCGGCUCAGGAUGGGGACUCGCUGGGCGACCCUUCGCCGCGCGGCGGAGCUCCUCGUGCUACUCCUCAGGUGCUUCGGUCUGGCGGAGCCCUCUGGCCGCACAGGCAAUGAUCCAUUCACCAUCGUCAAUGAAAACAUGGGCAAGUGCAUCAAGCCACUGAAUGACUGGAUAGUAGCAACAGACUGUGAUGGAAGUAGGGACAUGGUAUGGAAGUGGGUGUCCCAGCAUCGACUCUUUCAUUUGCAAUCCCAGAAGUGCCUUGGGCUAGAUAUUACCAAACCCACAGAUUCCUUGAGAAUGUUCAACUGUGACUCCAGUGCCUUACUCUGGUGGAAAUGUGAGCACCACUCUCUGUAUGGAGCUGCCCAGUACAGACUGGCUCUGAAGAAUGGACAUGCUGUAGCAAGUACAAAUUCAUCUGAUAUCUGGAAGAAAGGAGGCACAGAGGAAAACCUCUGUGACCAGCCUUAUCGUGAGAUAUAUACCAGAGAUGGGAACUCCUAUGGAAGACCUUGUGAAUUUCCAUUCUUAGUUAAUGGGACCUGGCAUCAUGAGUGCAUUUUUGAUAAAAAUUAUGGUGGGCCAUGGUGUGCAACCACCUUAAAUUAUGAAUAUGAUCAAAAGUGGGGCAUCUGUUUAAAACCAGAAAAUGGCUGUGAAGAUAACUGGGAAAAGAAUGAGCAGACUGGAAGUUGCUACCAAUUUAAUACUCAGGCAGCUCUUUCUUGGAAGGAAGCUUAUGUUUCAUGUCAGAAUCAAGGAGCUGACUUACUGAGCAUCAGCAAUGCUGCUGAAUUAACUUAUCUUAAAGAAAAAGAAGGCAUUCCAAGAAUUUUCUGGAUUGGCUUAAAUCAGCUAUACUCUGCUAGAGGCUGGGAAUGGUCAGACCACAAGCCAUUAAACUUUCUCAACUGGGACCCAGAUAUGCCUAGUGCACCUAUGAUAAUAGGCGGAUCCAGCUGUGCAAGAAUGGACGCCAUGUCUGGUCUAUGGCACAGUUUUUCCUGUGAAGCUCAAUUGCCCUAUGUCUGCAAGAAACCAUUAAAUAACACAGUGGAGUUAACAGAUAUUUGGACAUAUUUAGAUACACACUGUGAUGCAGGCUGGCUGUCAAAUAAUGGGUUUUGCUAUCUGCUGGUAAAUGAAAGUGAUUCCUGGGAUAAGGCACAUACGAAAUGCAAAGCCUUGAGCGGCGAUCUCAUCAGCAUUCAUUCUUUAGCAGAUGUGGAGGUGGUUGUCACAAAACUCCAUAAUGGGGAUGCCAAAGAAGAAAUAUGGAUAGGUCUUAAGAACAAAAAUGUACCAAGUUUAUUUCAGUGGUCUGAUGGUACUGAAGUUACUCUAACAUAUUGGAAUAAGAAUGAGCCAAAUGUUCCCUACAAUAAGACUCCCAACUGCGUUUCCUAUUUAGGAAAGUUAGGUCAGUGGAAAGUCCAGUCCUGUGAAGAGAAACUUAAAUAUGUAUGUAAGAAAAAGGGAGAACAAAUGAAUGAUACAACGUCUGACAAGAUGUGUCCUCCAGAUGAGGGCUGGAAAAGACAUGGAGAAAUCUGUUACAAGAUUUACAAGGAUGAGGUCCCUUUUGGAACCAACUGCAAUCUGACUAUAACUAGCAGAUUUGAGCAAGAAUACCUGAAUGAUAUGAUUAAAAAGUAUACUAAAUCUCCAGGAAAAUACUUCUGGACUGGCCUGAGAGACAUAGAUUCACAUGGAGAGUAUAGCUGGACAGGAGUUGGUGGAGUAAAGCAAGCUGUAACAUUUUCCAACUGGAAUUUUCUUGAGCCAGCUUCUCCAGGCGGGUGUGUGGCUAUGGCUACUGGAAAGUCUCUUGGAAAGUGGGAGGUGAAAGACUGCAGAAACUUCAGAGCACUCUCAGUUUGCAAGAAAAUAAGUGGGCCCAUUCAGCCUGAAGAAGUAGCUCCUAAGCCUGAAGACCCUUGUCCUGAAGGCUGGCAUAGUUUCCCCUCAAGUCUUUCUUGUUAUAAGCUGUUUCAUAUAGAAAGAAUCGUAAGAAAAAGGAACUGGGAAGAAGCUGAGAGAUUCUGCCAAGCUCUUGGAGGACACCUUCCUAGCUUCACUCAUAUGGAUGAAAUAAAGGAAUUUCUUCACUUUUUAAUGGAUCAGUUCAGUGACCAGCGUUGGCUGUGGAUAGGUUUGAAUAAAAGGAGCCCAGAUUUACUAGGAUCCUGGGAGUGGAGUGAUCAUACACCAGUGUCUACUAUUCUCAUGGAAAAUGAGUUUCAGCAGGAUUAUGAUAUCAGAGACUGUGCUGCUGUCAAGGUCAUUCAGAGGCCAGGGCGAAGAAGCUGGUAUUUCUAUGAUGACAGAGAAUUUAUUUACUUAAGACCUUUUGCUUGUGAUACAAAACUUGAAUGGGUAUGCCAGAUUCCAAAAGGCCAUACUCCAAAAACACCAGACUGGUACAAUCCAGAGCGUGCUGGAAUUCAUGGACCUCCGGUUGUAAUUGAAGGGAGUGAAUAUUGGUUUGUUGCCGAUCCUCACUUAAACUAUGAAGAAGCUGUCCUGUAUUGUGCUAGCAAUCACAGCUCUCUGGCUACACUGACAUCUCUUGCAGGACUAAAAGCCAUCAAAAACAAAAUAGCAAAUAUAUCUGGUGAUGAACAGAAGUGGUGGGUGAGAACCGCUGAGCAGCCAGCAGAUCGUCAUCGUUCUAUAUACUCACGAUAUCCAUGGCCUCACUUUCCUAUAACAUUUCGGGAGGAAUGCCUGUGCAUGUCUGCCAAGACUUGGUUUAGCGACUUAAAUAAACCAACAGACUGUGGUACCAAGUUGCCCUUCAUCUGUGAAAAAUAUAAUGUCUCUUCAUUAGAAAAAUAUAGUCCAGAUUCUGCAGCUAAAAUACAGUGCUCUGGGGAUUGGAUUACUUUUCAGAAUAAGUGUUUCCUAAAAAUCAAACCAAAGUCUCUCACAUUUUCCCAAGCGAGUGAUACUUGUCGCACAUAUGGUGGCACCCUUCCUUCAGUGCUAAGCCAGAGAGAACAAGAUUUUAUUACAUCCUUGCUUCCGGAUAUGGAGGCUACUUUAUGGAUUGGUUUGCGCUGGACUGCCUAUGAAAGGGUAAACAAAUGGACGGAUAACAGACAGCUGACAUACAGUAACUUUCACCCGUUAUUAGUUGGUGGGAGACUGAAAAUACCAACACAUAUUUUUGAGGAAGAGUCCCAAUACCACUGUGCUUUAAUGCUCAACCUCCAAAAGUCGCCUUAUACUGGGACAUGGAAUUUUACUUCCUGCAGUGAACGCCACACUCUGUCUCUCUGUCAGAAAUAUUCAGAAGUUGAAAGCAAACAGACCUUGCAGAAUACUUCAGACACAGUAAAGUAUCUAAAUAAUCUGUACAAAAUCAUCCUGAAGUCUAUGACUUGGUUUGAUGCUCUAAGGGAGUGUCAGAAAGAUAACAUGCAGCUGGUGAGCAUCACGGACCCGUACCAGCAGGCAUUCCUAACUGUGCAGGCAGUUCUUCAUAACUCUUCUUUAUGGAUCGGACUCUCCAGUCAAGAC